AAAUCAGCAAGAAUUCCCGGGAAUUUUUUCGGAAAAUCCUGGAAUUUAUCGCGAAUUUUUCGUUACUUCGUGGUGUUUUUGUUCAGUGUCAUCACGACUCUGCAUAGGGAUGGAUCGUGUCAGCUGGGACAGCUAAAAAACGUGAUUUUUAUCAAUUUAUAGCUCAAUUAAAAGCAUUUUCGUGUUGAAAGCACGUCAAUUGACAUCGUGACGCAGUGCUACAUAUAUUUUCAUGGCUUUUCCAUCGUUAAAUGCCCAACAAGAAUUGAAUAAUCGCAAAAUCCUUGAGGAUCUGCAGAUAAAGAAGCAAUUACUCCAGAAAGGUGUUUCUCCGGUCGUGACAACCAUUCCCAGCGUGCCGGCCAAUAAUUCAGGUCUCGGAUUGCCUCAGUAUAUGCAAAUGAGUCAACCGCCCUCAGAUGUCAUCCUGAAUGCUCCUGCGAGGGCGGCGUGGAAUCAGGCACACACGCAAUCAUUCGGUUUCUUCGUACCUCAGGACUCUGCCUUUGGGAAUAGCAUCAUCCCCGUCUUGCCGCGCUUUGACCCGCCCCCUAAGUAGCCCCACACUCAUCCCCCUGAAUACAUCCCCUUCCUUCAUCCCCACAGAAGAUCGUUUGAAUGAUGGCGCGAAUGAAGCUGAAGAAACUCGAAGAGUACCUGCAGGGAAUUGAUGGCUUUGAGGAUCCCAAGAUCCUCCUGGAACAGUACCAGACACCUCCACACAUUGCCAGCUGUAUGCUUUAUGAAAUUCAGGUAAAUUCACGUUUGAAACUACUUUACAGUGCUGUGAUGAAAAUAAUUCAGCAAAAAAUUUAAAUUUUGAAAAAUAACGAAAAAAGCCAAAAAUGUAACGGAAUAAUUUUAAAUUAAAAACUUUUAGAGUCAAUUUGGUGAUCUUGAGGGCAAAAUAGUGGCUGAUUUAGGCUGUGGAUCAGGAAUGUUGAGCAUUGGGGCAUUCCUCCUUGGGGCCACCCACACAGUUGGCUUUGAAAUUGAUCCUGAUGCCUCCAGUGUGAGAAAAAAAUAAAUUAAAAAAAAAUAACCAACUCCCCCAGGAACCUUCACCCAACAAUUAAUUAAUUUUCCCAACAGAUCUUCGUGGAAAAUGUGACGGAAAUGGAGAUUCCGAGCGUCGACUGUAUCCACUGCGACGUCUUGCGUCUUCCGGAGGCGCGUUUCAGCAAAGCUUUCGACACAGUCGUGAUGAAUCCGCCAUUUGGGACCAAAAAGAACGCCGGAAUGGACAUGAAAUUCCUCCAGGUGGGAAUUUCACUCGCAACAACGGCCGUCUAUUCGCUCCACAAGACCUCAACGAGGGACUUUGUAAGGAAGAGUGCAGCGCAGUUGCAGGUGGAACCGAAAGUUGUGGCCCAGCUGCGCUACAAUCUCGAUUCAGCGUACAAAUUCCACAAGAAAAAAUCCGUGGACAUUGAUGUGGAUUUCUGGAGGUUCCAACUACCCAACUCUACGGGAGAUUCAGUGCGAGAGUGAGACAGAGAAUAAAUUAAUUUUAUAGCCUAAGGACCAUUAAUGAUUGUUUUAACUAGAAUAAAUGGAAUUAAUCUGAAAA